AAAAAAAAUUGAAACAUUCUUUUCAAUGGGGGAAAUAGAAUGAAUAGACAAAUGGAGCUCCUUUGACAAACAAAUAAAACAAAUGUCCUACAUAUGAAGAACCAAGUAUGCAACUUAGCAGUAUAAAUAACAGGGAGGAUUAUGGUGCAUGAUACACAAUUAAGCUUCCUUUCCCAAUUAAAAAAAGGCAUAAUCAGUUUAGCUUAUUACUUCAAUAUAGCCAUGGGGAAAUUAGUCAAGAAGCCUCAUGCUGUUUGUGUUCCAUAUCCAGCUCAAAGUCAUAUUAGUGCAAUGUUAAAGUUUGCAAAAUUACUCCAUCACAAGGGCUUUCACAUCACUUUUGUCCACACCGAAUACAACUACAAAAGAACCCUAAAAUCGAGAGGUCCAUACUCUUUGGACGGAGCAAAAGAUUUCAGAUUUGAAGCCAUCCCGGACGGCCUUCCGCCACCGGAAAAUGAAGACGCCACUCAAGAUGUCUUCCAGCUUUGCCUUUCCAUUGCCGAGACUUGUUAUGACCCUUUUCUCAAACUUCUCAAAAACCUCAAUAAUAAGGCGUUGACUGAUGAUGAAUCUCCACCUGUGACUUGCAUUAUAUCUGAUUGUGUUAUGCCAUUCACACUUGAAGCAUCUGAAGAAUUAGGAAUACCAAAUGCACAAAUUUGGACGGUCAAUGCCAUCUCUGCCAUGUGUAUGGUGCAUUAUCCACAUCUUAAGGAACGAGGUUAUACACCUUUGAAAGAUCAAAGUUACUUUACAAAUGGAUACCUGGAUCAAACUAUUGAUUGGAUACCCGGAAUCAAAAGUAUUCGUUUGCGAGAUAUCCCAACUGUUAUUUGGACAACUGACCCGGAGGACAUAUUCUUAGAUUACUUAAUGGAUUUAAUGCCAAGAACGUUAAAAGGAUCCGCUCUUAUCAUAAACACUUUUGAUGCUUUAGAAUACAAUGUUCUGAAACAAUAUUCUCACAUGGUUGAUCACCUAUACACUGUUGGACCUAUACAUUUGCUCCUUAAAGAGAUUGAAAAGGAAGACGAUGAUAUAAAUACUAUUGCAUCCAUUCAAUCCAAUAUGUGGAAAGAAGAUGAUAGCUGUAUUGAAUGGCUUGAUUCCAAGGAGAAAAGAUCAGUGAUUUAUGUGAAUUUUGGUAGUAUUACAGUCAUGACAAAAGAUCAAUUGCUUGAGUUUGCAUGGGGGCUCGCAAACAGCAAUCAAAAUUUCUUGUGGAUCAUUAGGCCGGAUCUUGUCGCGGAUGAUACAAUGUUACCGCCCGAAUUCAUGGAAGUUACAAAAGAGAGAGGAAUGUUAUCGACAUGGUGUAAUCAAGAGAUGGUUCUUAACCAUCCGUCAGUGAGUGCGUUUUUAACACAUUGUGGAUGGAAUUCGAUUCUGGAAAGUUUGUCGGCUGGAGUGCCGUUGAUUUGCUGGCCGGUUUUCGCCGACCAACAAACGAAUUGUUUCUAUUGUUGCUCUUCUUUGGGGGUUGGAGUGGAGAUUGGUAAUAAUGUGGAUAGAGUUGAGGUGGAACAAAUUGUGAGGGAGUUGAUGGAGGGAGAUGAAAGAUCGGAAUUGAGGAAAAGAACAUUAGAGUGGAAGGACAAAGCUAAAGAGGCAAUAAGACCUUGUGUUGGAUCUUCAUACUUGAAUUUAGACAAAUUGAUUGAAGAGGUGCUUCUGAAGCCUAAGUCAAAAUCAUUUGCCUAGGACACUAAAUUUGCUCUAAUAAAAUUUGGGAAAAGUUGUUUGAUCAGUUCAUUACUCCAAUAGUUACUUUCUUUUUCUUAUCCAGAUGUGUGAGAUCCAAGGCAUCAUUAAUCUUAUUGAAAUAAAAUACUACUGUUUG